AUGGGCAACACAUUCUCAACACACAAGCACAAUCACCACGCACGCAUCCACAAAUCCAGCAGCAACACCAGCACCACGCCCUCGGAAAUCGAACUCCAGGACCUUGAUCCCGCAACAACAUAUCGACGUCGGGAUUCGGGCUGCUUCACUUCCUCCCACAAGACGUCUUCCUGGAGACAUCAGCGACGCAAAACCAAAGCUGCGAAGAAGCGGAAUUCGGGAAUUCAUGAUUCUGCGGGUGGCGAGUAUGAGAGUCGACGGAAGAGGAUUGUGGCGAUGAUUAAGGAUCCGACUUUUUGGUGA